AUGGGAUGAUACAUUUCUUGUUGUUUCUACGAUUUCAUGCUUCUUUUUGCUGCGUUUUAAAGUUUCCUCUGUUUAAUGCGCCGGGCUUUACUGAAGCGCCCCGGAUCUGCCGACGUGUUGGAGCGCAUGAGGCAAGGACCAUCACAGCCGUUCACUUUGCUUUCCAUGCUACCGGCUCUUGUCCUCGAAGCCGCGUGCUUCAGCACAGGGGCACCCGCCAGCGCCUGCAAGGAGAUGGAGCCGCGCCACAACUUCAUGCCGCAGAAUCAGCACCAUGACUACCAGGUUACCGUGGAGCGUUCCCACCGGCACCUUAUCGUGCGCCUGGCGAGCCUCAACAGAAGUUGGCCCUUCAAGGGUUUUAUGAUGCGCGGCUUCCGUGUCAAGGGCAACAAGAGCAUCUUCUUCGAGGGCGUGUUCGAAUCCAGUUCAUUCUACCAUUACGUUGCGUGCGGCGAGUCCUUUAACCGGAGCGUGAUUACGCACAAUAGCCCGGCGGACAAAACCUUGGUGGUGGCCAUUUGGAGGCCUGAGAAGCUCACCGAAGCCCUCAUCGAGGUUUUCUUCCGAGCGACCAUUCUGCAAAAGUUCGACACCUUCUGGCAAAACGUGGACUCCAACCACAUACUAAUCAACUCGUCAUCUAACCUCAGAGGCGCACGAUUUCUGCUGCUCCAACUGGCAAUGGCGCUCGUGCUGACAUUUCAGCAUUGAGAUUUGGAUCGA